UUACCUUUCCUCAUAUCCUGAUUGUUGUUAUAGUCACAUUUUGUUAAUUUUUUAUCAAAAUUUGAGAAACAUAAAACAGAACAAGACAAUUGUUAUAAAUCGAAAUACAAAUAAAGUUAUACCUGGUUGUUGAAAUACACUGAUUUCGAAGAUAUACCUUCAAAGAUUAUUUGUCAAUAAGAAACAUUAUACAUUUUGUUAAGAUCUAAUUAAGUUAUUGAUUUACGAUGUAUUCUCGCGCCGGUAUAAAAGGGGGUCACAGGUCAGCUGAGAACGAGUCGGUUCUUGAAUCUGUCUUGAUGUGCUGCUUCCAACUUGUAACAGUCAAACGACUGGAAUCGGAACUUUACUGACAUACUGCUAUCUUUCUGGUCCAGUCCAGUAUUGGUCCAGUUUUAUUUCACCCCCGACUCCUAAAGCAGCAAACACAAACUCCAAGAUGGCAGUCGACAGCUUAGACCCAGGCGCGGCCUCAGCGCCCGUGUGGGCAGGAAAGAUGGAGGCGUACGGCUCAAACCACACCGUUAUUGAUCAAGUGCUUCCUGAAAUGCUACAUCUGAUUGACCCACAUUGGUAUCAGUUCCCUCCCAUGAAUCCAUUGUGGCAUGGCUUAUUGGGUUUCGUUAUUGCUGUUCUUGGUUUCAUAUCGAUAUCUGGUAACGGCAUGGUCAUUUAUAUUUUCACAACUACAAAGACUCUUAAAACUCCUUCAAAUUUGUUGGUACUGAACUUGGCCGUUUCUGACUUUCUAAUGAUGACAUGCAUGGCUCCACCUUUAGUAGUAAACUCCUAUCACGAAACUUGGGUAUUUGGUCCUCUCGCUUGUGGUCUUUACGCUGGGGCCGGCUCAUUGUUCGGGACUAUUUCAAUCUGGACGAUGACCAUGAUCGCUUUUGAUCGUUACAACGUAAUCGUUAAGGGCAUUGCUGCUAAACCCAUGACUAACAAUGGAGCUCUACUGCGUAUCUUGGCUAUUUGGGUCUCAUCGUUAGCUUGGACUGUAGCACCUAUGUUUGGAUGGAACAGAUACGUUCCGGAAGGUAACAUGACCGCCUGCGGAACUGAUUACCUCAACAAAGAUUGGUUCAGCCGAAGCUACAUCGUUGCUUAUGCCAUUUUCUGCUACUUCACACCUUUGGCCCUUAUUAUCUACUCAUAUUUCUUCAUAAUCCAGGCAGUAGCAGCUCAUGAACGGGCAAUGAGGGAGCAAGCAAAGAAGAUGAAUGUAGCAUCUCUGAGAUCAUCGGAAGCGGCAAAUACCAGCGCUGAGUGCAAACUGGCUAAGGUUGCUCUGAUGACAAUUUCAUUAUGGUUUAUGGCAUGGACACCUUAUUUGGUAAUUAACUUCACGGGUAUCUUUGAGACCGCUACAAUCAGUCCUCUGGGUACAAUUUGGGGCUCCGUCUUUGCUAAGGCCAAUGCUGUUUACAAUCCCAUCGUUUACGGAAUCAGUCAUCCCAAAUACCGUGCAGCCUUGUACCAGAGGUUCCCAUCACUGGCGUGCCAGCCGGCGGCGGACGAUAAUACGUCACAGGUGUCCGGCAAAACUGCAGUCUGCGAAGAAAAACCAUCCGCGUAAUAUUAACAGAGAUUUGAAGACUAUAACGACGACGAAUGAUGGCGAAGAAACGUGGACGAUUUAAAAUACAGGAAAUUAUAUGGAGAAUAACAUAAUGUUGCUAUUAUUUAUUUAAAUUGUAUAAAACAAUGGAAUAAUUUGUAAUGUAAAAUUAACAGAAAUGUUGUAAAUAUUUGGUUAUUUGUAAAAUUGUUAGAUUUAGAGAAAUUAAUUGUUUUAAAAUUGAUUUAAUAGUAACGUUUUGGUUUUCUGUGAGUAUAUUUUCUUGUAUAAUCCAGUACAAAUGUUGGCCAGCGGUAGUGAAAAUACAAAAAAAAUGUUAAGCAAGAAUAUCGUUUGGUAUAGCAUUUAUUGUACAUUGUUAUAUUGCAAGAGAGUUGAAAAUAAACAAGCAAAGUGGUAAAAACUGCAAA